GAUCGGGGGGCUGGGCCGCCAGCAGCUACCGGAGAGUUAAAGAGUUUUUAAUGUCCGCCAUGUUGGCCAUGGCGUAUUGAACCAGGGAGAGAGAGCGGAGCGACUGAAAAAAAGAGACCGAAAGAGAGCGACCAAGAUCCGGGCCUUCCCGGCUCCGUUCGCCUCGCCGUUUGUAUUUUUUUUUAACCAAUCGAACGGUAGACGACUGGAGAACGACACAGACACAUCCAUGAGAGCUCAAACCGGGACAGUUGUGAAUUUUAGGGGAUCGGAUAGAUUUAUGCUGCAUCUCGAAAUAUAAAAAAUGAGUAAAUUGUCGUUUCGGGCACGGGCGCUGGACGCUUCCAAGCCACUACCUGUCUUCCGCUGCGAGGACUUACCCGACCUGCAUGAAUAUGCCUCUAUUAACCGGGCAGUGCCGCAGAUGCCAACUGGGAUGGAAAAAGAGGAGGAAUCGGAGCACCAUCUCCAGAGGGCAAUUUCAGCACAGCAGGUUUAUGGAGAGAAACGGGAUAACAUGGUUAUUCCGGUUCCGGAGGCAGAAAGCAACAUUGCCUACUAUGAAUCUCUCUACCCCGGAGAGUUCAAGAUGCCAAAGCAGCUUAUUCACAUACAGCCUUUCAGCCUGGAUGCCGAGCAGCCGGACUAUGACUUGGAUUCAGAAGAUGAGGCGUUUGUGAAUAAGCUGAAAAAGAAAAUGGAGAUCACUCCUCUGCAGUUUGAAGACAUGAUUGACCGUCUGGAAAGGGGCAGUGGACAGCAGCUGGUGACUCUCCAGGAGGCGAAGCUGCUGCUGAAGGAGGACGACGAGCUGAUCCGGGAGGUGUUCGAGUACUGGGCGCGCAAGAGGAAAGGCUGCAAGAGCGCCUCCCUCAUCCCCAUGGUGAAGCAGGAGAAGCGCGAUGGCUCCAGCACCAACGACCCGUACGUCGCCUUCCGCAGGAGGACCGAGAAGAUGCAGACACGCAAGAAUCGGAAGAAUGAUGAGGCAUCGUAUGAGAAAAUGCUGAAGCUGCGGAGAGACCUAAGCCGAGCUGUGACCAUCUUGGAGAUGAUUAAGAGAAGAGAGAAGAGUAAAAGAGAGCUAUUGCACUUGACACUGGAGAUCAUAGAGAAGAGGUAUAGUAUAGCUGACUUUGGUGGCGAGAUUAUGGCAGAGGUCUUGGCUCAGCGACAGCUAGUGAAACCAACGUACACAAUGCCCAUCAUUCCACUGUCGAACAGCAAUCAGUUUAAGCAUCAGGAUCAUAUGGAGCUUAAAGAAUACAAACCUAAGCAAGAGAAGACGGAAGUUGUCCGAACAAAAAGGAAGUACGAGAAGAAGCCCAAAGUCUUACCUUUAUCUACUUCUGCUGCGCCUCAGCAAUCAGGUCCCUCUGUACUGCCAGUCUUCAACGCUAAGGACUUAAAUCAGUACGACUUCCCAAGCUCAGAUGAAGAACCUUUCUCCCAGAUUCAUUCAGGUUCCUCGGAAGCUGAGGAAGAGAAUGACCCAGACGGUCCAUUUGCUUUUCGUAGGAAGGCUGGCUGUCAAUACUAUGCUUCUCGGUUGGACCAAACAGGCAAUUGGCCGUGGUGUAGCCCUUCAGAGGGAGGUGUGGGAGAUGUGCGCUACAGAUACUGCCUCACGACCCUCACCGUCCCCCGGCGCUGCAUGGGGUUCGCACGCCGGCGCAUUGGACGAGGCGGCAGGGUCUUACUGGACAGAGCACACACAGACUACGACAAUGUAUUUCAUCGGCUGGAUCCGGAAAUGCUCGCCUCCCCGCAGCCCUCUUCAGCUGACAAGUUUGCCAGUACCUCAGAAACAAAUACCUCGGACAGAAAUCCCUCUAGAGACCUCAGUCAAAUAUUAUUGAACAUUAAGUCUUGCCGGUGGAGACAUUUUAGGCCCCGGACACUACCACUACACGAUGCGGACAGUGUAGAUGUCUCCUCAAGGAAACUAUACAGGGGCUUGGCUCGGACGUCCUCAGCACAACCUGGGACCCAGGCAGGGGGCGCCUCCACCCAGAACAGAAGUGGCACUGGCUCCACGCCCAUCGCUGCAUUCACAGCCGAACAAUACCAGCAACACCAACAGCAGCUAGCACUGAUGCAGAAACAGCAGCUUGCACAGAUCCAACAGCAAGCAAAUGUCUCUGUCGCCAACAGUACACAGGGUUUGGUAUCAAAGACGUUGGAUUCUGUUAGCGCCCAGUUUGCUGCCUCCGCUUUGGUGACGACAGAGCAGCUGAUGGCGUUCAAAGCCAAGGAGGAGGUGGUGCUCGGAAUCGGAGUCAAUGGGAUCCUUCAGGCCUCAGGAGUAUACAAGGGCUUACACCUCGCUAACACCACACCCGCUGCACUGGUGCAUACAAGCCAGUCGACGACCGCAGUGGGUUCCACCUUUCUCCAGCCCUCCAACAACACCCAGACUCCGAGUUCCCACAGUGCACUGAGUCACCACGGAACUGCUGCCAACUCUACAACUCAGGUCCUGAUUGGGAAUAACAUUCGA